AUUUGUAUCAUCGUAUACCUGUUUACAUACUUCCAGUACACACAAACACACACACACAUCAUAUCAUCAAACAGCACACAAUCAAUCGCCCGACCCCGAAAUUUUUUCAAGGCUAGACAUUUCUCAAGAAACAAGAAAGCCGCGCGCCCCAAAAAAUGUCAACCACAAGAGGAAGUUGUAUGUGUGGUGGUAUCAAGUAUGAAUUCACCGGUGAACCUGCAGUGACUGCCUUGUGUCACUGUAUCGAUUGUCAAAAGUGGACAGGAGGAGCAUUCACCUCCAACGCCGUCGUACCCAGGACCUCGUUCAAGGUCACCCAAGGUACCCCGUCGUCCUACGACGCCACGGGGGCGUCGGGCAAGAUCAACAAACACUUCUUCUGUCCGACUUGCGGGUCGAGCCUGUACACCGAGCUCGAGGUCAUGCCGGACGUGACCUGCGUCAAGGCGGGCGGGUUGGACGACGGGAAGGCGGAGUUGGGCAACAAGGUCGACAUUGAGUUCUACUGCAAGGACCGGGUCAAGUACCAGAAGGAGGUUUCGAACGCGAAGCAGGAACCCGUCUUCGGUUGAGAGAUCCUGGGGGUGUAUGACCAGAAGCCAGAGGAAAUGUAGCUCCGGAUGAUUACCAUGUCAUAGCAUACCGCACCACCAUACAGCAUCACUUGGCAACUCGACAAUGCUUCAAGAUAUUGAGUUGACAAGUAAAUUUUCG